ACAGAGGUGAAGCACAUUGUUCCGCGGCAUGUUUCAUUUUGAAUGAGAAUGAACUAUCGCUAAAUCUGUUUGUUUUUCAUUUAUUUGUACAUUUAAUCCUUAUAUUUUAAAGCGGAACGAUCCUACAGUUUGGUGGAAGUAGACUUUUGCAUUAAGCGUGCACUUUUUAUUUUAAGCAUAGACACUAACGUUACUUACUGAAGCGAUCCCUAACAAGACACUGGGAGUCUCACAUACAGACAGAUCUUUGUUUAUAAUCAUCCUUCUCUUUAUUGUAACAGUAUAGCGCAGCACUAGAUUUGGAUUUCGUUUGUUAUUUAUAUUCGUAAAAAGAUGGCUGGGAUUCUGUUUGAGGAUAUCUUUGACGUCAAGGAUAUAGAUCCAGAUGGGAAAAAGUUUGAUAGAGUAUCUCGUCUUCACUGUGAAAGUGAGUCUUUCAAAAUGGACCUUAUCCUUGAUGUAAACAUUCAAAUUUAUCCUGUUGACCUUGGUGAUAAAUUCAGGUUGGUGAUAGCAAGCACGUUGUAUGAGGAUGGAACGCCAGAUGAUGGGGAAUACAACCCUCAAGAUGACAGACCAUCCAGGGCUGAUCAGUUUGAUUAUGUCAUGUAUGGCAAGGUUUAUAGGAUUGAGGGGGAUGAGACAUCUACAGAAGCAGCCACUCGACUAUCUGCAUAUGUAUCUUAUGGAGGCCUUCUGAUGCGACUUCAAGGAGAUGCAAACAAUUUGCAUGGAUUCGAAGUGGACUCCAGAGUCUAUCUACUAAUAAAGAAACUUGCUUUCUAAAUGAUGUUGAGUUGAUCUUAUGGAACUUUUAGAAAUGCUUGUUUCUGAGUAGUGAAAAAUAUGCCUUUUAUACGAUGUGUGUUUUCUUUUCAUGAGAGAAGGAUUUUGCUGAAUAUAUCUGGAAACUGCUCAAUAACUUAUGCAAAAAAAAAAACAUAUUUGGUCAAAUGUGUUAAAAAAGUGUUUGUUUUUUUGUAAUUUACCAAAAUGUACAUUUUUAAGCACAUUAAUAAGUUCACAUACAUGCAACAUUACAUAUAUUUAAUUGUUUAGCUUUGAACUGUUUCACAAUAAAUGUGAAUAUUCUUUUUAUAAUGGGUUAACACUUUACUAGUAAUACGUUUUUGGAAGCAGAUGACUUGGAGCCUGAUUACACGCAAAAUGAGCAUUGAAAUACGUGUUAAAAAUGCAUGCAGGAUUUAUUUUAUAAAAAUUAACUAAGGUGUAAACAUGUGGACACUAUACAUGCAGUACUCUUGGCUUUGUAUGCACGUUUUAAGGGAUAGUUCACCCAAAAUGAAAAUUCUGUCAUCAUUUACUCACCUUCCAGUUGUUCCAAAUGUGUAUACAUUUCUGUGUUCUGAUGAUAUUUGGAAGAAUGCUUAUAACCAAACAGAUCUCCCCCCAUUGACUCCCAUAUAGGAAAAAUCACUUUAUAAUUUUUUGGUUCUGUUGAACACAAAAGAUGACAUUUUGAAGAAUCUAGGACAGCAAACAGUUCUGGGGCACUUUUGACCAUUGUAUUUUUUCCUAUUAUUGUAGUCAAUGGGGGGGGG